AUGGCUGCUCUGGAGCGUGCUGUAUCAGUCAUCAACAAAAUUCUGAGCAAGGCGCAGGGCAGCACUGCAAAGGACAUCCCCGCCCAGAAAAAGAAACAGGGGAAGUGGGUGAAGUUCUCAGUCAAAGGCCGUGGGAGAGCAGCUGUGAGAGAAAGACGGGCUGAAGGAAGGAGCGUGGCCAAUUAUCUGGCCCUGCCUGUUGAGGAGUACUCACUGCUGGACCCAUCAUGGAUCAAGAGGGAACCUGGCAGUGACACCUUCUGCUUGAGUGCUCCCCUGCGCGGCAUCACAGGGGUGGAUUUGGAGCCCACUGUCUGGGUGUCGGUGACGCCAGAUCCUGAGAGCGGGUCUGUUUCCUUCAGAAGCGAGCGCGCAUCUCUGGGCGAUACUGCCUGGGAUGAGAAGUUCAGCCUCUCCUUCACCAGCACGCUCACGUAUGAAGGCGAAAGGGCUCCUCACAAAAAUGCCAAUGCCGUUGAACGCGCAGGCGCAGAACAGCCACUGACACAGACUGACAACGGCCAUGUCAGCAAUAGUGAGAUGACUGCUUUCACCAGCAGCAGCAGUGGCAGCAGUAGCAGCAGCGGUGGCAAUGGCACUGUGGAUGACAUAGAAAUCAUAGGCUUCCUGCUGAGCUACACGGGGGGCCUGGUGGCCACAGCUGUGCUGCAGGCGCUGAUGCCAACAUUGUUAGAACUGCUGGGCAGGGACUAUGAGAGUUGGGCGGAUGGGCAGACCAGGAACAAAGUUGCUCAGAAAGAUGCUCUUUUACCUGGCCAAUUCUGA